UCUUCUACGCCGUUUGGAUUUUUGGCUUUUUGCUAUUUCUAAAAUAACGCAAUAAAUGCUAAUUUCGUUCAAUGGCUGCGUAAGAAAUUCGUCGUUAUAAAGGCACAGCAUUGGCUGCUUCUAGCCAAGUUAAGUUCACAGCUUUGCCAGGAACACACAACGCGCGUCGUCAUGUUCAAGUUUGUCGUUUGCCUCAUUGCUCUGGUCGGUGCUGCUAGUGCCGCCAGCAUUAGUCCUCGUGACAUUAGUGUAACUACGGAGAAGCACGAAAUUGUGCCGCUGUUGUCAUUUUUAACUGACAAGGAACCCAAUGGUAACUUCAGAUUUAUGUUCGAGGGCGGCGACAAGAGUUUCCGCGAGGAAACGGGCACGAUUGAGAAUCAGGGCACAGAGGAUGAGACCCUAGAGGUAUCCGGCUCUUACAGAUACAUUGAUGCCGAUGGCCAGUUGGUGGAGGUGCACUACACUGCUGGCAAAAAUGGUUUCGUGCCCACAGGCACACACAUUCUUCCCGAGAUUACCGCGCUGGCCAAGGCCGCUGCUGAUCUGCCCAACAAUACCGAAGAGCUGGAGCAACAGAACCGUCGUCAUGCGCGCUCCAAGGGUGAGGAGAAGCCACAGGACGUGGAAAUUCCAAUUGUGGAGAAGCAGACUAUGCCACAACAGGCUGUGGAGGAGCCCAAGCAAAAGCAAACUGUGGCCAAGCCAGCUGUGGAGGAAGCCAAGCCAAAGCAGACUGUCGCUAAGCCAGCUGUGGAAGAGCCCAAGCCAGCAGCAUCCGAGAUUGUGCCUGUGAAAGUGUUGCCAGUGGAAAAGAUGGAGAAAACCGAGAAGGUUGCCACAAAGAGCGCUUAG